AUGUCUACGAAGAGCAGGAGUGGUGUCCAUGGAAACAAGGAGCACGAAUCUACUGAAACGAUCCGUGUCCCAGUGUCCAUUUUGGACACGGUGGUGUCUACCAGAAACAUAUUGAGUGUCCUCUUCAUCUUUAGACUAUGGAACUCUCAAUCCAUACAAACCUAUUUCCAAGCCGAUGAAUUCUUUCAAUGCCUUGAGCCGGCUCAUAAGUUGGCCUUUGGAUACGGGUACAUCACCUGGGAAUGGACCGAGCAACUCCGGUCUUCAAUCCAUCCAUUGAUGUACGCGUUUGUUUAUAAAAUGAUCCAAUUGCUUGGAUUCAAUUCCGAUUGGGAAACGUCUUUAGUCUUGGUAGCACCCAAGGUUAUGGGUGCCAUCAUUGCCACCGUGGGUGAGUUCCAUUUGUACAAAUUUGCAUUAAAAUAUUGUCAAAGUCAAAGAAUUGCCAACAUCACAUUACUUGUGUCCAUGAGUAGUCCAUUCAAUUGGUUUUUGAUCACUCGUUCCUUUUCAAAUAAUCUCGAGAUGGUUCUCACCACGGUGGCCUUGAGUUACUGGCCUUGGAACUACAAUUAUAACCUCUGGGACACCUUGAUUGCAUGCAGUUUCGGGAUUGUAAGUUGUAUCGUUAGACCUACAAACGCAGUACUUUGGCUAUGCUUGGGACUGAGUCUUGUUUGGAAUACCAAACGUCAACACAUUCUCAAAUUAAUAAUCUCAAUAUCGGCAUUAUUAGUCGCCAUUCUUGCGGUAAAUGUCGUAGUAGAUUACUUAUAUUACGGUAAAAUAACCGUUCCUCUAUGGAACUUUCUUGAAUUUAACAUUGUCAAAUCAUUAUCUAUAUUCUACGGGGUUGCACCUUGGCAUUUCUACAUUCUACAAGGAGUACCAAUGAUGACUUUAACCUAUCUCCCCUUUCUUUUGCAUUAUGCCGUUAAACUUGAAGGUUACAAAACGGUCGCAGGUUUCACAUCAGUGAUAGUCUUGUUGGCAUUCUCCAUGAUUAGCCAUAAGGAAAUAAGAUUCAUUUAUCCACUCCAACCAUUAUUUCUUUGCUUUAUAUCCAUCUCCAUCAAUCAAUUAAGACUUUGGACUUGGAAGAAAACCUUGACAAUUAUUGUCAUUCUUAAUGUUUCCCUUGCUUAUUUCUUUACCAGAGUUCAUGAAAGAGGGGUGAUAGAUGUAAUGAAUUAUCUUCGUGAAGAUGAGCUGGUCACAUCGUUUGGAUUUUUAACUCCAUGCCAUUCGACUCCUUGGCAAAGUACUUUACAUCGUAAGGACCUUGAUGAUUCUUCCGCGGCUUGGUUUCUUACUUGUGAACCUCCAUUACAUUUAUCCCUGGCGGCAAACAUGGACUCUAUCAAAAAAUAUCGUGAUGAAUCUGACCAAUUCUACGACGAUCCAGUGACGUUCAUUAAUGAAAACUUUCCUCACCUUACGCAAGAAAUUAACAUUCCAGAAAUGGGUAAAAAGUAUUCAUGGCCAUCGCGAUUGGUUGUAUUUGAACCUGCAGAGGACAUAGUAACCAAUCAUUUAGGAGACAAAUACAGUGAAUGUCACCGGUUUUUCAACUCAUAUUUCCAUUGGGAUGACAGGCGUACUGGUGAUGUGAUUGUAUAUUGCGCGAACGCCCACCUAAGCGCAUAA